GUCUAUGUGUGUAAGAAGCGUUAAUAACGUAUUAAUAAAUAAAUAAAAGAUACUAUUGUUUUUGAAAACCAAAACUAAAAUAAAAUAUGAAAACGCGGUUUUGUGCAGCAGCAAGACAGAGUGUAAACAGCUGUUGUUUGAAGUGACUUCACUCACUUCAGACCUUCACCAAUAUUGAUCUUCACUAUUUGGCUGCGCGUUUCCAUUUCAAUUCAUAUUUUUAAAAUACCAUUCAUGAAAUAUCUUAUAUUUUACUUGCUUAAUUGUUGUCUAUACCAUUUUUUUGUCCAUACCUUUUUAAAUAAGGGCUUAGGUUUUAUUUUAGUUUAUCAUUUUUUGUGAGACCUAACAUGUUACUUCACGAAGCUGCCUCCCCUUGGCCCUUCAUAUCAGAAUCCUAUGUAGUUUAUUUAUUAUAUAUGUAUUCCCCUUUUGGUUUAUUGUUUCUUUAUAACUCCAUCUAUCAAUCAUUCUUCUUUUCCAGUAAAAUCAAUAUUUUACAAUUUAGACCAUAGUCAAUUUAAUAGGUAUUUAAAAAAAAAACUUAUUAUAGAGUAAAUAUCAUCAUGUGUGAAGAAGUGGCCUAUGAAAUGGGAUGCAAGUUAAAAAGUCUCCGAACAUAUGACUUAAAAAAAACUAGUGAGCAUUUGUCUGCAUAUUAUGUUAGGACUUUUUACCACCAGUUGAUUAAAGCAUAAUGUAAGUUAAAACAUAAAAUAAUGUUAAUUAACUCGUUUAAUGACAUAGACCAAUGAGCAGGUUUGAUUAGUCACUUUCUCCGAAAGAUCGUAGAAUUUGACACAUUCAAACGCAGCUGUGAUUUGCAUUUCAGGAAAGUGAUAGCAAUAAAAACCUCAACCUCAAUUAUUUUAAGUAAUCCUCGAUUUCUUCACCAAGUGGAUUCCGUACAGCUAGAUGUACAUGCUUCUUUUAUUUUUCAGGUUAACAUAUAUACAUACUCCAUAUAAUUAAUAACCUUCAAAUGUAACAAAUUAAGUAGUAUUUGAAUGCAUAUAAAUAUCUAAAUUCUCAUAUUAUUAACCAGUUAAUAUAAUCAAUCUUACUAUAUAUGAAAUAUUACCUAUUUAAUCAAUCUUAGUUUAUAUACAGUAUUGCCUUUUCCCUCUUAUAAAACCAAAGAAUUUCAACAAAUCACAUUCUUGUUAAAUAUGAUAUAAUACAUACAUAAUAUACAAACAUAUAUAAGAAACAAUAUCUGACAUAUCCAUUUGUUAUUAUGUGGGUGAACAAAAAAUACUAAUAAAAACACCUGUCAUGCACCAAAAACGUCACAUUACACAAAAAAUCCUCCUAUUUCAUUUGACCCAUUUAUAAUUUAUAAAAUAAACCAUUAUUGUCUCCUCUCCAAAUCAGUCCAUAGCUCUAUAUAAUCUCCUCUCCUCAACAUUAUUUUCCAUCCAAAAUACUUUUCUCACAUUAACAGUUAUAUCAAACACACAAAAUUAUCAUACAAUAUGGUGAAACAAGAACGUAAGAUCCAAGUUACCACUUCCUCAUCGUCGCUGUCUCAAUCUUCUUCUUCUACUUCUUCCUCGUUGGCAUUGCAUCAUCAAUCUUGUAAGGACAAGAUAAAGAAAUACAAAGGAGUGAGAAUGAGAAGCUGGGGAUCAUGGGUCUCUGAGAUUAGGGCACCAAAUCAAAAGACAAGAAUCUGGUUAGGUUCUUACUCAACCGCAGAAGCAGCUGCUAGGGCUUACGAUGCUGCUCUCUUGUGUCUUAAAGGCCCUAAAGCCAAUCUCAACUUCCCAAGCACUACUUCUCAGUUUCUUAUUGACAUCGAUGAAAAGACUCCUCUGUCCCCUAAAUCAAUCCAAAAGGUCGCCGCUCAAGCUGCUAACUCCAUCUCUUCUGACGUUUUUACCCCUCCCUCCUUCUCCGAUGAUGCUGAUGAUCAUCAUGAUGAUGGUAUUCAAAACCAUCCGUCUCCUUCUUCUUCAGCAGCUUCUUCUCCACCAGAUGAUUAUCAUAAUGAUGAUGAUUUAGUAUCGUUAAUGGCAUCAUUCGGGGAUGAACAUGUGUCUUUGAUGGAUCCAUCAUGGUAUGAUUAUAAUGAGAUGUUCUUCAUCAACGGAGCUUUUGAUUACUCUCCACAAUUGAUCAGCUCGAAGACAACGAUGGAUGACUUCUACGACGGUGCUGAUAUUCAGCUUUGGAGUUUCAGUUGAUCCCACGGUCCAUAUUAUUUCUACGAAAACUUUCAUUUCACAUUAUUUCAUUCAAUUUAUUCUUUUUAAUCUAUCAAUUAUCAUUCGUCUUUGUUGUUUCUUCAAGUUGUUUGUUGCUCGAAACGAGUUAACGACAGAUGUAAUUUUUAAUAUAUGUUAAAUAUACACACACUAAUUUAAGAUCACAUGAAGAAGAGGUCUUUUUGUCACUUCUUGACUUUUUCA